GUCUGGAUGUAGGAAAACAGGGUCGGAAAGUUUGAGGAACAACAAUUCCAUGCCCAGCGGCAGAAAAGCGGCAGGAGGCAGGCAGGAGAGGGUAAGCUGGCCAGGGACAGAAGAAGCCCUCUGCCACCAUGCUGCUGGCUGCGCUGCUGCUGCUGCUGCUGCUGCCCCUCCCAGAUCCCUGGUCCGCCUCUGGGCACCCACUGUACAUGCGCCUGUCCCCCAGCACCCUGCAAGUCCUGUCGGCCCAGGGCACGCAGGCCUUGCAGGCUGCUCAGAGGAGCGCCCAGUGGGCAGUGAAGCAAGGGGCCACGGAGCUCCAGCUCAGACUGCUCGAGUGCCAAGGCCCUGCACACCCCAGGCCUCAAGCGCCCCUCCUCCAGAACCCACCUGAACCAGGGCCCUGUGGCAAAAGGCGGCCAGGCGUUGCCAAUGUGACCAGGGCUCACGGCUGCAUCGUGGGGGGCAGUGCGGCUCCUCCCGGGGCUUGGCCCUGGCUGGUGCGGCUGCAGCUCGGCGGGCUGCCUCUGUGCGGCGGCGUCCUGGUGGCAGCCUCCUGGGUGCUCACGGCAGCGCACUGCUUCUCGGGCGCCUCGAAUGAGCUCCUGUGGACAGUGCUGCUGGCCGAGGGGCCCCAGGGGGAGCCGGCGGAGGAGGUGCAGGUGAACCGAAUCCUGCCCCACCCCAAGUUCGACCCGCAGACCUUCCACGGGGACCUGGCCCUCGUGCAGCUAUGGACGCCCGUGAGCCCGGCGGGGCCCGCGCGCCCGGUGUGCCUGCCCCAGGCGGCCCUGGAUCCCCCCGCCGGCACCCCCUGCGCCAUCGCGGGCUGGGGGGCCCUCUUCGAAGACGGGUCUGAGGCCGAGGCAGUGAGAGAGGCCCGCGUUCCGCUGCUCAGCCCCAACAGCUGCCAAAGGGCGCUGGGGCCCAGGCUGCGCCCCAGCUCCAUGCUCUGCGCGGGCUACCUGGCGGGAGGCAUAGACUCUUGCCAGGGUGACUCUGGAGGGCCCCUAACCUGCUCUGAGCCUGGCCCCCGUCCCAGGGAGGUCCUCUUUGGAGUCACCUCCUGGGGGGAUGGCUGCGGGGAGCCUGGGAAGCCCGGGGUCUACACCCGCGUGGCUGUGUUCAAAGAUUGGCUCCAGGAGCAGAUGAACGCGGCCCCCUCCACGCGCGAGCCCAGCUGCCGGGAGCUUCUGGCCCGGGACCCGCCCAAGGAGGCGCCAGCCGACGGCGCCGGGCUCUGUGGCUUCUACGCGCGCAGGUGCCCGGGGCCCGAGGGAGCCUGCGCGCGCCUGGCCCGCCAGCAGUGCCUGCAGCGUCGGCAGCGGUGUGAGCUUCGCUCGCUGGCGCACACGCUGCUCCACCUGCUGCGGGGCGCGCAGGAGCUGCUCGGUGCGCGCCCCGGGCUGCGGCGCGGGGCCUUCGCCCUGGCCCGCCCCGCCCCGUCGCUGCGGGAGCCCCCGGGGUCCGCGACCCGCGAGCAGCGGCUGAACUCAGGACCCCGGGCUGCGAGGGUGCGGUUCGAGAAGAGGAAGCCUGAGCCCCGCGGGGACACGAACGGCUGCCCUGGACUGGAGCCUCUGCGACAGAAGUUGGCUGCCCUUCAGGGUUCCCACGCCUGGAUCCUGUGGGUCCCUUCCGAGCAGCUGGCCAUGCACUUCCAGGAGGUACUGGCCAACUUGAGCUCCAAGACAGUGACGGGGCUCUUCAGAGCUCGGGUGCGGGCUGGCCUGGGGGGCCGCCGGGUGGUCUUCAGCGGCCUGGUGGGCCUGGAGCCAGCCACACUGGCCCGAAGCCUCCCUCAGCUGCUGGUGCAGGCCCUGCGAGCCUUCCGCUCAGCUGCCCUGGCCCAGGGAGAGCCCCCGGGGCCUGGGGUGGGGAGGACGGGGGCUGCCUCAGCCCAGCAGCCACAAGGGGGGCGCAGCGCUCCCGGAGGCUGAGGGGGCUGGGACUGUCCCUGGGGACUGGCACGUG